AUGAGAGCACCUAACAUCCUCUGUCUGGGAUGUGUCUUCCUUCCUCUGCUGCUUUUCCAGCAGAUCUCGGCUCAGUUCCCACGAGAGUGUACCACCGUUGAGGCUUUGAGAAGUGGUGUGUGUUGCCCAGACCUGUCCCCUGUGUCUGGACCUGGGACAGACCGCUGUGGCUCAUCAUCAGGGAGGGGCAGGUGUGAUGCUGUGACCGCAGACUCCCGACCCCACAGUCCCCAGUAUUCCCAUGAUGGCAGAGAUGAUCGGGAAGUCUGGCCCUUGCGGUUCUUCAAUAGGACAUGCCACUGCAAUGGCAAUUUCUCAGGACACAACUGUGGGACUUGCCGCCCUGGGUGGCGAGGGGCUGCCUGUGACCAGAGGAUUCUCAUAGUCAGGAGAAAUCUUCUGGACUUAAGUACAGAAGAAAAGAACCACUUUGUCCGGGCCCUGGACAUGGCGAAGCGCACGAUUCACCCUCUAUUUGUCAUUGCCACCAGGAGAUCAGAAGAAAUAUUGGGGCCAGAUGGCAACACACCACAAUUUGAGAACAUUUCCAUUUACAACUACUUUGUUUGGACACACUAUUAUUCAGUCAAAAAGACUUUCCUUGGGGCAGGGCAGGAAAGCUUUGGUGGAGUGGAUUUCUCUCAUGAAGGACCAGCUUUUCUCACAUGGCACCGGUACCACCUGCUGCAGCUGGAGAGAGACAUGCAGGAAAUGUUGCAAGAGCCUUCUUUCUCCCUUCCUUACUGGAAUUUUGCAACUGGAAGGAACGUCUGUGAUAUCUGCACGGACGACUUGAUGGGAUCGCGAAGCAACUUUGAUGCCACGCUCAUAAGCCCCAACUCUGUCUUUUCUCAAUGGCGAGUGGUCUGUGAAUUUGUGCAAGAUUAUGAUACUCUGGGAACACUUUGCAACAGCACUGAGAGUGGGCCAAUUAGGAGAAACCCAGCUGGAAAUGUGGCUAGACCAAUGGUGCAACGUCUUCCUGAACCACAGGAUGUCGCUCAGUGCUUGGAAGUCGGUUUAUUUGACACACCUCCUUUUUAUUCCAAUUCUACAAACAGUUUCCGAAACACAGUGGAAGGUUACAGUGAGCCCACAGGGAAGUAUGAUCCUGCUGUUCGAAGUCUUCACAAUUUGGCUCAUCUGUUUCUGAAUGGAACAGGGGGACAAACCCAUUUGUCACCAAAUGAUCCUAUUUUUGUCCUCCUGCAUACUUUCACUGAUGCAGUCUUUGAUGAGUGGCUAAGAAGAUAUAAUGCCGAUAUAUCCACCUUUCCAUUGGAAAAUGCCCCUAUUGGACACAAUAGACAAUACAAUAUGGUGCCAUUCUGGCCGCCAAUCACCAACACAGAAAUGUUUGUUACUGCUCCAGACAACCUGGGAUACACUUACGAAGUGCAAUGGCCAAGUCAGGGUUUUAGUAUACCUGAGAUCAUUACCAUAGCUGUGGUUGCCGCUUUAUUACUGGUUGCAGUCAUUUUUGUGGGCGCUUCAUACCUGAUUCGUGCCAGAAGCAAGAUGGAUGAAGCUAAUCAACCUCUCCUCAGUGAUCAGUAUCGACACUAUGCUGAAGAAUAUGAGAGGAUCCAGAAUCCUAAUCAGUCCGUGGUCUGA